AUGCACACAAACCCCUAUGUGGCAGUCACGGAGACGCCGGCGGAGAACGCCGUGCCCGUCGCACCGCUCCCGCGCAUCAAGAAAGCCAAGAGUCUUCUGCAGGACACGGCGGGGGUUGACAGCACCAACAGAAGCACUGGCAACGGCAACCGGAAGGUCUCAGCAGUAGACACUCUGCCAGUGGCAUUGGUGCCCUUAAGUACAGCUGAUUGUCCGGUAACAGAUGUAAUGCCAAAUAGCGGCCCUAUGUGGACGCUCUCAGUACACUCACAGGAUUCAGAAAACGAGCAGCAGCAGCAGCAGCAGCAACGCAUCUACCCGCUCAGCGCUUUCGAGGACGUCUACAGACUGCGGAGGCAGCUGGGUCGCGGGAGNACAGAUGUAAUGCCAAAUAGCGGCCCUAUGUGGACGCUCUCAGUACACUCACAGGAUUCAGAAAACGAGCAGCAGCAGCAGCAGCAGCAGCAGCAGCAGCAACGCAUCUACCCGCUCAGCGCUUUCGAGGACGUCUACAGACUGCGGAGGCAGCUGGGUCGCGGGAGUUAUAGCGUCGUCUUUGAAGUCGUUGAUCGUGCAACAAACGAGCGAAAGGCUGCAAAGUUUGUCAUCUGGCGAGAGGGAAAGCACACAAGCCGGAGGGAAAAGGAAUGUAGGGAGGGACUUCUUGACGACAAUGAAACCGACGGUGAUGACAGGGUUGGGGCUGCGGAGUGUGGGAGUAUGAGCACGGCCCCACCGGCACUCUCUGAGACACUUGUCAAGGAGAUCGCUAUCUCCUUCGCUGUGCAGCACCCGAACCUUGUCUCCUCCAGCGACGUGUUCGUGCACGACGUGGAGGGCCUGCAGUGCCGCCUGGAGCAAUACGCCCCGCAGGUCACGCUUCUUUCGCCCCCCGGCACGUCACGGCGUAAGAAAAAGGAAGUGACCCGAGUCGCCGCGCCCAAGUCGUGGCGUCACGGUGCUCGCCCCGCUGUGUCCAUGUCAUCGGUAGUGGUGGACAGCGCUGCAGAGUCGAACCAGGCCGCCGUUGACAGCGUGAGGCGGCAGCUGCAGGAGGGGGUGGUGCAGUGCGUUCUGGUGAUGGAGCUGCUGAGUGGCCGCGAUCUAUUCUCGCUGGUAUCGCACCACCCGUUGAAAGAGUCGAGGGCGGCAGGCUAUAUGCGGGAUCUGCUGCUGGCCCUCCAGCAUUUACACGACCGCCACAUAGUGCACCGCGAUGUGAAGGUGGAAAAUAUGGUGCUUGAUCGGAAGAAUAGAGCGCGCCUCGUUGACUACGGAUUCUGCGAGGAGCUCUCAUGCCUCGGUGCGACCACUACGAGUUGCACUAGCAGCACCCAGGAGAAAAAAGAUAAGCUUCUCACGCAGUUUUGUGGCUCUCACCACUACGUGGCGCCGGAGGUGAUACGGGCAGCCAUUCAUCUGCACCCCCGCACGAAGCCGAGUGGGUGGAGGGAAGCGGUUGAGGAUGUGCGGCUGCCGCCCAUCUCCCCGGUGUCGGUCGCGCCGCAGCUGCAGGACCUUACAGUGACAGCGUCCGGCGCACCGCAGGAAGAGAGGCAAGAGAACGGGCGCAUAUGUGUCGCGGGGUCCGUCCGGAACCUCAGGACACUUCUUGCAGGCAGGCGCGUGGGCUACGGUACAUCGGCAGAUUUGUGGUCGGCCGGUGUGGUGAUGUUCGUGCUCCUGCACUCCGCCUUUCCUUACCAUGAUGAGCGCCGAAGCAAGCUCCUGAGGUUGAUUCUGACGGGCCACCAGCAGACGCAGCCGUUGCCGUCGCUGAGUAAGGAGGCGAAGGAUCUUUUGCAGCAGCUGCUGACACACGAUGUACGGCUUAGACCAACCGCAGCGCAGGCCUUGGAACACCCCUGGUUCAAGAAGCAGCUUGGCUGA